AUGGCCACGCCCACCCUCAGCUUCACCCAAAAGCCGACCAGACCAGCACCACCCGUGCCUGACGUCCAAUUAUUACUCAAACGACUUAUGGAAAACCCAAAUUUCGACUACUAUCAUCAGAUAAUCCACGACUAUCUCUAUGCCGACGAUCAUACCUGGUCAAUCUUGUUGCUUUUGCGCGAUGAUCCCACUGGUCUCUUUUCUACCCAUCACCGAUCUACGACACAGACGCCCCCACAAGAUAUUUUCCAGAUAAUCUCUGAAAUUAGAAACAGUGCUAACUGGGGUCGAGAGAAGAGCGCGAUUGUGAACCGAGUCAAUAGCGGAAAGCGGAAGCAACCUUUCAACGGCCAUCCCGGCUUCUCCCACAAUUACACUCGUCGACCACAGUUCAACCCUUCAUUGUCGGCCUCAAGAGUAAGCCAACUAAGGAAUGUUUCAAACGUUCCCUCUCUUGACUAUACUUGCUCAGAUAACCUCAGCAACUAUGUGGAAUCAUCUAACCGAGAUGCUGGGUCUAUAUCGGUUGAUGGUCGCAAAACGGCCCCUGAUGGUUGGAGGUUCUUCUGUCCUUCGAAGAACUGCAAAAGCACCUACGCUAGGCAAGGAGACUAUGAAAACCAUAUGGAUCAGAGGCAUGCAGAGUUCGGACCCCAUAAUCCCCAAGACUCGCUCAAAAGAAUAUCCCAGGGUUUCAAGGGCGGCAACAACCCUCAAAAUGAGCACCUCACACAGAACGCAAUCAAUAAUAGUAACACUAAUUCGCCAGCACCACCCUUCCAUUCGUCCACUCCAUUCUUGCAACUUUCGACGCCCAAUGCCCUGAGUUCUGAUGCGCAACAUCACCAGGAUGUUAUUCCCGACCUGCUCCACCCCACUGGCACGCAUAUUCAUUUGACUCCCCAAGAUAUCGAGGACCCGACCCACUUGGCUUCUCGCAUCAAUCAAAGCAAUUAUUUCUAUCAACACUUUGUCGAUAUCUUUGAAGGACAACCAUUUUUCCCAGAUCAAAAUAUUCAGACUUAUAUGCCACAGAAUCGUACCCACUACGACAACGAAAUGACCAUGGAAUAA